UCCGACUAUCCUGACGGCGACGACUAUAUUCAGGCGGCCUUGGACACGACCGGAUCUGCAACGAGCGGUCCAGCCACGCCUGACGCGCCCGGAGACCAGCGUGGUUUCCAGCGGCUGCGAGAUUCACCCACGCAAGGAUUUCUCUGUGACAUUGACUGUAGUGGUGGCGCGAACACCAUUCGACCGCACCACGCACGAUUUUCAGAUCAGUUACCAACGCGUUUUGAUUGCAAGACUCGAACAGUAGCGGCGCGGCCGUGUCUCCGACGUCCGACCAUCUAACGGCGAGGUUCCCCUGCUCGAGUAGGGAGGAUCCUUCGCAAGCGGACCACGAAUUGCUUCAUUUUCGUAAUCCACACUCGAACGACCUCAAAUUGAAUUACACAUUUUCUACAGAGUUCAGAUUUGUGAGUUCAAACUCAUUAAUUUUUUUGUAGGUACGAAGAACUAGGAUUGCUUUGUUCAGCUUUGCCAAAUGAAUGCCUUGUGUUGGAAUCAUCCAACAAUUUCUCUGAAAGGCAGCAAAAUUUUUGAGAAUUAUGGUUUCAUUAGACUCGAAUCGAUGCCACAUUUUCACCAUGUAGCUGCAUUGAAGAUUUCAAAUUCAGAAUUGAAACCAUCGCCAUUGAAAGUCGAGAAUCGGAUGUUUAUCUUAGGGAUGGGUUUCGUUGGACGGUUCUUCGCGCAAGAACUAAAGAAGUUGGGAUGGGCUGUUUCUGGGACAUGUAGAAACCUUGGGCAGAAGAUGGAACUGGAGGAAAGGGGUUUUGAUGUUCAUAUUUUUGAUGCAAAUAAUCCAGAACCGGGCGCUCUAAAAGCAAUGAAGUAUCAUACUCACCUUCUCGUUUCGAUUCCACCAGAUGUGGAUGUUGGUGAUCCUCUGCUCCAGCAUGAAAAAUUAUUAAGGGCUAGUUUACAGGGUGGAGAUCUUCAAUGGCUUUGCUAUUUGUCAUCAACAAGUGUUUAUGGAGAUCAUGGUGGUGAUUGGGUGGAUGAAGACAACCCGACGAAUCCCUCGAGUCAGACGGGUAAGUCGAGGAUCAAAGCUGAGGAGCAAUGGUUAAAUUUCGGUAAUGAUCUUGGCCUCUCAGCGCACGUAUUUCGGCUCGGAGGUAUCUAUGGUCCUGGUAGAAGUGCUAUCGACACAUUAAUCAAGCAAAAGUCGUUAUCCGAGCGUCAACAACGUAGAGGACGUAGACAAUACACAUCUCGAGUUCAUGUUCUCGACAUCUGCCAAGCUCUUAAAGCCUGUAUUCAAAAGCCUUCAUCCAGGAGAGUUUACAACAUAGUCGACGACGAUCCGUCUCCAAGGGAAGAAGUUUUCUCGUAUGCUCGGGAUUUGGUUAUGAAAAAGUGGCCUGGUAAAAUCGAACAGUUGUCGGAGAAGAUGGAAGCAAGUGUUAUUAAGAAUGGGAGUGGAAGGGGUGAAAAAAGAGUGUGUAAUGUACGUAUGAAAAGGGAGUUGGGAGUGAGUCUUGUGUUUUCCAGUUAUAAAUCAGGAUUGCAGAACAUAAUUGACCAAAUGGGAGAUGAUGAACCCUUCUAAAUGGAGAGACCUCCAAAUUUUUGGACCA